GGCCCAAGGGGCCAGCCGCAUCGGCCCAGUCCAGGACCACUCGGGGCAGGCCCCCCUGCUCCUCCUCGUAGUGCCAGGCAGCGUCUGCCAUGGCGUCGAAGCAGAUCAUGUCUGUCACAGCCGCCGCUGCCAAGCGAGUGCACAGCCUGCUGUCGAAGCGAAACGAUCCGGCCCUCAUCGGCAUUCGCGUCGGCUUGAGAACCAGAGGGUGCAACGGCAUGUCUUACACCAUGGAUUACACCGACAAGGUUAACAAGUUCGAUGAGGUUGUCGACACGCAGGAGGGCGUUAAGGUAGUCGUUGAUUCCAAGGCGGUCAUGUUCUUGAUAGGCACGGAGAUGGACUUUGUGAGCAACGAGGUUGGCACCGAGUUUGUCUUCAACAAUCCCAACAAGAAGUCUGAGUGCGGAUGCGGCCAGAGCUUUAACGCCUAAAGGCUGCCGACACAGGCCUGAUGCGGCCCCUGCCAGCGACAUGCUCGCCGCGCUCUUUCGCGCAUUAUCCUUCAGCUCGGACGCCGACCCAGUCCAGCUGGGGCGCCGACGACCUCCCCGGGGACAGACGUGGCGUGCACCCCCCGUGCCCGAGGAGGGGGGGGCUGUGUCCCAAAGUUGCCCUUGGAGCGUCGUCGGCGGCCUCGGCCAGAAGGGGGCCAGCACGCCGUCCACCCAGAGAUCCGAUGCCGUGAUUUUUUCAAUACGGGGUCCCCAGAAGUCUCAAAAAUGUCUGUCUCGAUUUUUUCGAGACGCCCAAUUUUUUCAAUGCGUUGGAUCUCUGGGCAGCUGUCUUUGGCAGGGAUGCUCCUCGCGCGCAGCUGCGGGCUGCUCCGUGCCGGGCUCGGGCCGCCCUCUUCCGGCAGGGGGGCCGACCCUCCUCGAAGGCCGGGGGGCCCGAGUGAGGAAGUCAGGGCAGCGAAAUUCUCCCCCUCCCCCUCCUCCCCUUCCUCCUCCUCCUCCUCCUCC